AAGUGUGGGAUAUUCAGGCUUUGGAUUUAAAAUGAGCUCUCCUUUGUCGAUGCUAAAGAAAACCAAACGCACUCCUCUGCAGGGCGCUCACAAAGAGCAAGGGAGCAAAUCAAAAGUUCCUUUCAGGAGGAAUCUGCUGAAAGAAUUUGAGGCUGAAUUGGCCGAUGAGUCUUCUGAUUACGCUCACACUACAACCAACGAAGCCUCCACCUCAAAUACGGGAGCUCCAUUAAAGAAAGGGUGUCCUCCGACCAACUUUGACCUCAUGUCUGCCAUGAUGCAGCGAGUGACCCUCCUGGAGAAAACAGUGAGGAGCCAGGCAAAGGAGAUAGAGCGCAAAGAUAAACAGAUUUCAGAUUUAGAGGAGAAGCUGAGGGUUCAGGAGAAGUCAGGAAGCAUGCAUGACCCGAGGAGCAGAGAUGAUCUCGAAAGCCGGUGCCAACAACUGCAAAAUCAAGUGCAUGAGAUGGAGGACUUUCUGAAUGAUUAUGGUUUGAUCUGGGUGGGAGAUACAGACUCUGGUGAUCCUGCAGAGCGAGGUAGAUCCACCAGUCCUGCAGACCUGCAAUCCCUCCGUGUCUUUUGUAUGUUAAAGCUGUGCUGUUUUUGUUUUGUUUUGUUGUCUUCUGCAGAGACUUCUGGUGGCAGAGGCUUCCACAUAAACUUUGAUCUCGUGCUGCAGAGGAUCAGAGAACUGAACGUCUUCCUAGGGGAAGGAGAGUCUUUUGUGCAAAUGACAGCGACAGGAGCACAGCUGGCAAAAAAGGAUCCCAUUCCACUGAGGCUCUACAGGAAUGGCAUUGUAAUGUUUGAUGGUCCUUUCCGCUCAUAUCAGGAGCACAGCACGCAGCAGUGCAUGCAAGAUCUAAUGGAUGGCUAUUUUCCAUCUGAGCUUCAAGAAAGAUUUCCGGAUGGUGUACCUUUUGAGCUUCAUGACAGGCGAUACGAGGAAUUCAACUCUAGGCUCCCGUGGGAAACGUUUCCUGGUGAAGGACAGGCUGUUUGUGGGGACAAAGAUGAAUCAGCAAGCUCGCUGAGUUCUCACUUCCCCGGCAAGAAGCUGACCACAGAUCAGUUCCUGAACAAGUUGCCGAAGUUGGUGGUGAAGGCCGGCCGAGUGAUUGAUAUCAGGAACUCGCUGAGGGCAAAGCUGCAGGGUACAUCUGAUGUGGACAGCAGCAGUUCAGUGAUACUGAUAGAUACACCGUCACUGCAAGCGAGUACUGAGAGACUGCAGGCUUUCAGCGCCUACCAGCCUGCCUGUAAUGUCAUCACUCUCAAGGUGAAGUCAGAAGACGGGAGUCACACUUACAUAGUGAAAAUGUCCCCGUCGGAAACAGUCGGUGACCUGCGGAGGUACCUGGACAAACACAGAAGGGGCGGUGUGCCCAGUUAUGACAUCAUCAGCGCAUACCCACAGCGCAACUAUGAUGAUGAUGGUCAGACGCUCCAGUCGCGUGGAAUCGUGACAAACGCCACUCUACUGCUGCGACAGAGGAAGCCCGAUCCUUCACUGGCCGACGUCAACAAAGCUGUUAAAGAUUAAAGAAUUACUUUUAUCUUGUUACAUCAGUGCUGUUCACAGCAGAGCGGAGCGUGAGCAGAAGUAAAGGUGUUGCUGAUGUUAUUAAUGACGACUGUGUUCUGUGACAGUGAGGCCAAAAGCAUUCACAAACCCAUGACACUGAAAUAAAAUCCCAAUGAGCCAUUAUUCCUUUUGUUUCUUAUACCUUUGCUCUUAUCUUAACAGGGACACAGAUCAUUAACACCAAUAUCUAAUCAGAUAAUCACAUGGCAGCAAUUCAGUGCAUGUAGACAUGCUCAAGCUGACCUGCUAAAGUUCAAACAGAUCAUCAGAACGGUUAGUGCCAGAUGGGCUGGUCUGCUGGGAUUUUCCACGCAACCAUCUCUAAAGUUCAGAGACAACGUUCAGUGAGCAGCAGUUCUCUGGGUGAAAUAGGAGAAACAGAAUGACUGCUUAGAGCUUAUGGGAAAGGAGCAGUAACUUGUUACAUCCACAAUAUGCAGAAGAGCAUCUCUUAACACACAACACACAGAACCUUUAAGCAGGUGGGCUACAGCAGGUGAGGACCACACUGCUGUCAGCUGAGACCAGGACGCUGAAGUUUCGAUUAAGACUGGAAAAAUGUCACAUGGUCUGAUGAGUCCGUUUCUGCUGCAAUACUUGGAUGAUACGUUCAGAAUUCUGAGUAAACAUAAAAGUAAGGUUCAGGCUGCUAGUGGUAGGACAUAAUCUCCUAAUUUGUGUCUUUUAAAGGACAAUCUCUUCCCUGGACUCAUUAUGAAUGUGCAGCUGACACAUCUGCAGGAACAGUCUGGUCUUUUCAUCCUUUCUCUGCAAAGUUAAACAAAU